GGAGGGUUUGUUUUUAGCCCGUGUGUCUGUGUGUGUUUAUAUAAAUAAUCCUAAAAAUAAUAAUAAUUAUUAUAAUAAUAAUAAGACGAAGAACAGUAUUGUUGUGAGAAGGUGCUCAUGGGAGGCUGAAACUAACGCGGUUUGGAAUUUUCUUGCCAAAAGCUAGCUAAGUGACGUCAGAAUAGGAGUUAGCCAGCUAGCACUGUGUUUUAAACUGUAUUGGCGUGUAAAGGAUUAGCUAGCUAGCUUGAUGCUAAUGUACGUGUACCUGUUAGGUAGCUGACUCCUUUAUCACGAGACGAGCUUAGCAGGUUUCAUUUUCAGUAUGAGAUAGGCAGUUAGGUAACGUUAGCUAAAUAAAUAAUUAAAAUAAUAAUAAUAAUAAUUUAAACCAACCACGAGUAUCAGCCUACUAAAGACUAAAGGUCAUGUUGGGAAUCACAUCACACCACAUGACAUGACAUGAGAUGAGAUGUCUGGCUACCUAGCCUCAUGUGUUCACUCUUAGUAACUGAAUGUUCUUUCCAUCCUCACAAAUAAACCAUGACAGCCAUGCGCGUUGAUGCCAAGGUGGUCAUGCUGGGGAAGGAGAGCGUGGGUAAAACCAGCCUGGUGGAGAGAUAUGUUCACCAUCGCUUCCUCGUUGGACCGUAUCAAAACACCAUUGGAGCUGCGUUUGUUGCCAAGUCCAUUAAUGUUGGUGACAAAGUGAUUACGCUGGGAAUAUGGGACACAGCUGGAUCUGAGCGCUACGAGGCCAUGAGUAGAAUUUACUACAGAGGAGCUCGAGCUGCCAUUGUGUGUUACGACUUAACGGACAACAGCAGCUUCCAGAGAGCCAGAUUCUGGGUAAAGGAGCUACAGACGUUUGAAGAGCACUGUAAGAUCUAUUUGUGCGGCACCAAGAACGACCUCGUCGAAGGUGACAGGAGCGCACGGCAAGUCGACUACCACGACGUACAGGACUUUGUGGAAGAAAUAGGAGCACAGCAUAUUGAGACCUCUAGCAAAACAGGAAACAAUGUUGAUGCACUCUUUAUGAAAGUAGCCGAGGAUUUCAGUAACUCGGCUUUUGAGCUUCUGCCAGAGGAGAAAGGAGUGAACCUGGACCCAAAGAAGAACUCGUAUUUGUACACCUGCUGUCAUCACUGACUGAACACAAGGACACUGUCGUGUUGCGUCGUGUCACCGCAACAUCUCCUGCCUUUUUAUUUAAAAAAAAAAUUUAAUGAGAGACUGCAUUAUUUUUUUUCCAGUUCUAUCGGUGGAUAAAGUUCGAGUUCUGUUACGGAUUUUUGUGAAACAGAUUUUCAUGAAACUCUUCGGUAAUAACAGACUCUUUACAGCACUGUAAAUGGGGAAGAAUUGAGAAGUGGAACCUGCAGUGCAUGGAAGUGAUUAUUACUCCAGUUCCUGAUUGCCUUUUCCCCACACACACACACACACACACACAGUGUGAAAGCAGUGAGGGUCUGUUUGAUGAUCUGAGUUUGCACAUGCUAUACACUCACUGCCAUACACUCACUGGUUCGCUCGUACAGUCUAUUUAUUUGCAGUACUAAGCUAAAUCGUUGUGGUUGUUCGUAGAAGCUGCUUUUUUUUUUUUCCCUGACAUGUAACUGAGACCAGUUUUCUGUUGACAGUGAUAUUAAGGUCAAGAUGUGGGUUGUGGAGCUGGUUCUGGAUGAGCCAGGCGGUGUUUAAUUUCUUAUAGAUUGUCUACAGGACAUAGAAGAAAAUGCUGAGAAAUUAAACAGAAAAAAAAAAAACCUAUUUCUGUCCAAUGUGUUUGAGAGUCAUGUACUUUAUGGGUGUUCAUUUGCAUGCACAUUUAUGUAGCUUCCUCAUUUCGACUGAGCCUUAGGUUUAUUACUGUUUUUUAUUUUUAUUAUUUUUUUUUUUUUGGAAGAGCCUUUGCAUUUUGAAAUGUUUGGAAACAUCUCUGACCUUUGGGUUUUUUCAUUUAUCCAAAGCGGAUCUGCAUCGCGCAUCAGAUGUGAUGUUCGUGUUUACAUUGCAAACAUAAAAUCUUUUCAUUUUACCUGAGUUUGAUAUGGAUGAGGAAUUCUGUCUUUGACAAAUGUGAAAAAUCAUUUCAUUUGUAUUUGAGACAUUUCAGCUUAUUAUUGUGCCUGUACAGAAUACACACUGUACGAAUGGAAAUAGUGUUCGUGCCAUACAAACAGGUCUUCUGACAGCCAGUGUGUAUUUUAUUCUCAUGAUCCAGUGUUGUGAACGAGCCUGAAUCAUGCACUUGACACUAAACAAUAAGUGUUCACCAAUCUCGCUGCUGUGGCUCUAUCGUACACGCAACAUUCUCCGAAACGUACAAAAGGCGUGAGCUGAUUGAUUGUGAUCUGAUCCACAGGAAGACGACAUUAUCCUUGUAAAGGAAUAACACAACCUCCAGUAAUGGAGCACACAUGCCUGAGAAGUGUGUAUAUGUGAAUGUGAAUGAAUCUCAUUGUGAGCAGCAGAUUGAUAACCGUGGUAUAAAAAAAGGUUUGUCAGUUAGAACGUGAAACUUUCUGUACUUGUCAUUUAUUAUGUACAAAGCGCUACAGGACAAUUAAACGCUCUCACAAGGCA